GCAACACACUCCUCUCAUCCACUCAGUACACAAACACACACACAAACACACACACAUACACACACAUACACAGGCACACACACGCACCGGGAGAAUAGGAAGAUUUUUAGGAUUUUAAAUCAGUUUUCUGGACUUUUUGUUGGAACUUUUUCCUUCUUGUUUUUCCUCCAGAGUCUCACCGGCUGCGUGUCCUUCUUCUGCCCGGCUCUGAGCGCCUCUUCUCGGACACUAGAGCGGGGAUGUACCGGGUGGAGCUCCUGAAGCCGCUUUAAAUCUCCCUUCUCAUCCCGAGGAUUACUUCUGUGUUUAGAGGGGAGUUGUUGUUCUCUGAAACUCCGGGAACAGAUUCCCUCUGAUGGUGGGUUCCUGAGUGAUGACCCCCGUAGUUCUCGCUGCCCACUCCCCACCCCAAUGAUGACGAUGAGCUCAUUAUCGGACACUUUGGUCCCGCCGGAUCCGUCCAAAUCCGCGUUCCUGGAAUUUGGAGGUUAUCAGGGGCACCAGCAGCCCCCUCCCGGCCUGACGCACGGACACUACCCGGUGCACGCGUUGGUGGGGCCUCCGCAGCACGAGGGGCCCUUCUCCUCCGGUGCUUCUUCGUACGGGCGGCCGCUGGGUUACCCGCCGUACCACAGCCCCGUGAGCGCGCACCACCCCGGGGCUUACCUGGGCUACCAGCAUGGGGGGCACGGGGGCGCGCACGGGCACACCAGACUGGAGGACACGGAGCACGAGAAGCCCGGCUCAGGGCUGGAGGGGGGGGAGGUGCGUCUGAACGGGAAGGGGAAAAAGAUCCGGAAGCCCCGGACCAUCUACUCCAGCCUCCAGCUGCAGGCCCUGAACCAGAGGUUCCAGCAGACGCAGUACCUCGCCCUGCCAGAGAGGGCCGAGCUGGCUGCCAAACUGGGCCUGACGCAGACACAGGUGAAGAUCUGGUUCCAGAACAAACGGUCCAAAUACAAGAAGAUCAUGAAGAACGGGCCCUGUGGACCUGAGGGGGGGGAGCACCUGGCCCCUCCGCCGGCCCCCUCCCCCUGCUCGCUGUGGGACAUCAGCAUGGCGGCUAAAGCAGCACCGGGUCACUCCGCAGGAUACAUGAACAAUUUCUCCCACUGGUACCCCCCCCCACACCAGCAGGACUCAAUGCCCAGGACUCAGAUGAUGUGACAGGAAGCAGACGAAGCACUUCCUGCGCAGGACUUAUAGCGGGGGACGCAAACGGACACGAGUUCAUCCCUUCCUGUCCCCUGGUUUGGAGGUCAAUGGUUUUCUGAGUGUGUUUUUGGUUGUGAUCCUGAAAUAUAAAUAAGGCCUAAAGAGAUUUUAUCAUUUUGUUCUCCCACAUAAAGUAUGUCAGUAAAUACCCCGCUGGUAGAGUCAAACAGAGGUUGCCAACGAGUCUAAUGAGCGGCUGGACGUCAUCACGCCCGACAUUAGCCGCCCUUAGCUUAGCGGUGGAGACGUGAAGUCAUGUGCCAAUGAAAAAAUCCCAUUGGCUUUUUGUGUAGUGAACCAGGGAGAUGCUGCCUUCAGGGUCCAAUACAGAAAUACGCCACCCUCCAGAGGAGCUCGGCCCGCCAAGACUGUUGUGAUUAAGCUACAACUUGGACUAUAAUGCCGUCCCUGCGUCUCUGCUUUUGACUUUUCAGGGUUUUCAGUGUCUUACGGGGGUAAAAAAGUAAAAAUGAUAAACAAAGGAGUUCCUCAGGGCUUCUUAAUGGGACCCUUUGGUUUGAUGAAAAUCAGGUCUAAUCAGGUUGGUUAAAGAACCAAAGUUGAGAAAUGAUUUAUUGAUUUUUAAUUACGUGUAUUUUCUAUUUCGCACCCGAUUUUAUAAACAAGCUGAGAGUUUAAAAAGGCAAUGAAAGGAAAUGUUGUAUCUAUACUUUCACUGUCAAAGCCUUAAAGACCAAAGCCAUAUGUGUGUGAAAAUUCAUGAGUUUUGUCCAUUUUUAUAUUUUCAUAAUGAAUUUAAGAGUAAAAUGUUCAGUUUGGACCCUUAAGGUGAUUUUGGAGGUGGUAAUUAAAGGCAGGGUUUCAUUCAUUACUUUCAGUGUGGUUUUUACUCUCUGAGUUUUUCUUGCUGUCAGUUUUAAAUGUUUCCUUCCAGGAGUUUACAGGCUUAUAUGUGCGCCAUAAUUGGGAUGUAUUUAACAACAUUUGGUCAGGACUUGCUCUGUUAUUGGAAAUAAAUCAACCCCAUGAUCUUUGCCACCAUAUUUCAUUUUGUUUGUUCAACUUUGUUUUUGCAUCUUCAGAUCAAAUCGAAUCUUAACUUCAGUUUAUUUUUUGUUUUUUACCCGAUUAAAAAGUUUGACCUUAAAAACUGUAUAUAUUAAUUUGAUUUUACAGUAAAAUCUGAAAUUGAACUUCUUAUCAUCCAAUGUUAACCCUUUAAAAGCCAGUGUGUUUUGAUAAUUCAAUAGUUUUAAAGAAUAAUAACUCACUAAUGUUAGUGAUUAAAAACAGGAUUGGUUUUGAAUGCAUUUAUAUGUUGUUGUGCAGUGUCAGAUAUUCUUCAAAUGUUGCCUCAGAACAAAACCUACAGCUUCUGAACACAUACUUUAUUAAUGUCCUGCAUUUAUUUAAAAAUACUGUAUGAAUUCAUAUAAAAGCAGAAUUAUUGAGUCAAA